GAACGAAACAAGUUACACAACAAACAGAUCCUCACUUGAUAUAAGGAUGCAGAAGUAAUCACUUUGCUGGUUGGUCUGACAGUAUGGCUCAAGUGGUAUCUCUCAUCCAGGGGGCAAGUCGAGGAAUAGGACUUCAAUUUUGCCAAACAAUACUGAAACGUCACCCGAACAGUGUCGUCAUAGCGACUUGUCGUCAGCCUGAUAAUUCACUGGGACUUCAAGAACUGAAAGCCAAGAACCCAGACAGAGUAAAUUUAUGUGUACUAGACGUCAAUGAAGAUACACAAAUUGAAAAUGUAGCAAAAUUUACGAAAGAAAAAUAUGGGAAGUUAGACUUACUGAUCAACAAUGCUGGAAUGCUUCAUACUAGUGGGCGAGGAGAAACAAGCUUACGGGAAAUUUCUAGAAAGGGUCUCAUGGAAACUUUUGAAACAAAUACUGCUGGGCCUUUGUUAAUGGCGAAACAUUUUGCCCCACUCCUCAAAUUAGGAUCCGGUUAUUUUGGAAUUAAGCCAGCUGAUUCAAAGAAGCAACACUGUUCAGUACUAGUCAAUAUGUCUGCCAAAGUUGGAUCCAUCACGGACAACCAUCUUGGAGGAUGGUAUAGUUAUCGUAUGUCCAAAGCAGCUCUGAACAUGUGCAGUAAAAACUUGAGUAUAGAGCUAGGUCGAGGCAGUAAACCUGUGAUAUGUGUUUCACUACAUCCUGGAACCGUGGAUACAGACCUCUCGCGACCCUAUCACAAAAAUGUGCCUAAGUUAUUUACCACUGAGUACAGUGUUGAUUGCCUAAUGGACAUUGUGGAAAGUCUUACAAUUUCAGACACUGGAAAGUUUCUGUUGUAUGAUAGAACUGUAUAUCCAUUUUAGGUAUCAUUCAACCUGUGUAAUCUACCAUCUUGUGAGACACAAUGUCAACAGGAGGGUUUUACGACAAUACAAGUGGGGCUAAAAUAAGAAAUGUUUCUACGGCUAGUGUAGACAAAGUGUAUUCCACUUCUGUUUGUCGUGGAGAUCACUCAGUCCACAUCACACAGAGGUGUUAAUUUUUCUCCCAAUAAUUGAUAUUUUUCUGAUGAAUUAAUAACAAAAUUAAAAAAAAAUCAAUGAAUCAUAUUUAACAACAAAAUGAUAAUAAAAUAUAAAACCACAAACAAUGGUUUUUUUUUUUUUUUUUUUACUUUUUAUUGAAAGAA